GGGUUGGAAUAUGUGCAAUUUUUCAGAAGGAAUGGAUAUUUCGUAUCCGACUGCUACUCCGUCUUAUACAGAUGCUGAGGAGCAGUCGACUGAGAUGGAUAUGUUUAUUACGGUUCCAUCUCAGGAACCUCUUCCUGUCUACCAAUCUCCUGUUGAACCUAUUCCUGGUUACAACAGUUUUCAGUCAAAAAGCAGCCACGUUUGUGAUGUUGAUGUCAAGGAUCUUGCUGAUCCAGGGGUUCAGGGAGGGUUGAAAACAUGUUUGGACACUGCUACCACUACCAUUGUUUAUAGCAAACCUCAAAAACCCUUGUCUAGAGUGGUCUCUACUACUGUUUUGGCCCUAGUGGCCGUGAGUGCUGUUGCCAUGUGUAUUGCCCAUCUGAGCAUGCAGCUGGGGUUGACUAUUCCAUCCAUCCCAUGGCUACAUUCAGCUCAUAGCAGUCCUGUAAUCCAGGCUCUGCCAGAUAGAGUCUUUUCGCAUCUGGCUAAUCUUGAAUCUAUUGCUGAUCAACAUGGAGGUUCCCGUUCUGUAGCUACUGGUCAUCCAGCCUCUGUAGAUUAUGUUUUAUCUCAUCUGUAUGCUAUGAAUUCAACAUUCAAUGUAUGGACAGAAGAUGUCCUUAUCAAGACGCAAGUAGAUCGUCGGCCACCAGCAGUCAGUAUUUUUGAUUAUACUCAAUCAACUUUACUUUCAAACCUCAGUCCUGGUAUCUCGCUACUGCGUCACAGGGGUAAACAUGGCAAAGAAACCGUGUUCAAGCCUCACUCCGAUGUAGCGGUUGUUCCUGGCAGUGGAUCUGCUACUGUUCUGGAUGGUAUUUUGCGAGUAGUUGAUUCUUGCGAUGUGUUUGAUGACCAAAGUGAAGAUAUGGCCACGAAGCACAAGAAAAAGAGCCAGGACUGGGUUGCAGUCAUUGGGCCUUACAAGUCAACCAGCUGCUCUCCAUGCGGUCGUCUAGCAGCUGCAGUGCGUUUGGGAGCCAAAGCAGCAAUCGUGUAUUCUACCCCAGGUGGUCAAAAAGGAUAUGCUCGAUCACUCGCACCAACUCCGCUCUCCUGUGUCAGAUACGGUAUUGCCGAGGAGUUGCUAAGCAAGAUUGCAAUUGUAUCUCUGUCCGACUCGGCUGCAUUUACACUUUUGGAGCGUAUGAGUGCCUUUGCUUCAUCCACUUUUGUGUUUGGCGGUAAACAUGAUUUAUCGAAAAAGCGUAAAGUAGUGACAGAUUUGAGAGUGGACAUUGAUGUUCAGAGCAGCUACACGGAAAUUGUAUCGAAAAAUGUUUUGGCAGAAACGCACGCUGGCAAUGACGAACGUAUUGUAAUUUUUGGAUCGCAUCUAGACUCUGUCCCUGCUGGACCAGGAAUCAACGAUGAUGGAUCAGGAGCCAUGGCCACUCUGGAGCUUGCUACGGCAUUCCAUGAAUCUGCCUUGGCCGCUUCGACUGUGCAAAAACUGCGAUUUGCUUGGUGGACUGGAGAAGAAAUCGGACUGCUGGGAUCUACAGCUUAUGUUAAAAAAAUGGCUGAUACCAACAAAACUCUAUUGAGCCAUCACAAAGCCAAUAUUGACUCGGAUAUGAUUGCAUCCCCCAACUUUGUUCGUGGUAUAUGGGAUGGAGGCGCAAUUGUAGAUAGUGUAGUUCGUCGUAGAUGUAAAACCCUUCAUGAUUUGUUUGCUACUUGGUUUGGCACGAAAGGUCUGCCUACUGUGCCAUUUCCCUUUAAUGGUCGCAGUGAUUUUGAGCCAUUCCUUCAAGCUGGCAUUCCUGCUGGAGGUGUCAUUACUGGAGAAGAUGAAAUCAAAACCAUUGAGGGUGCAGCUCUUUUUGGCGGGCUACCAGGCAUUGUCCUUGAUCCAUGCUACCACCAAGACUGCGAUCGGCUUGCCGGUCUUGUCAAUGAAGAUAUUAUGAUCCAGAAUUUAGAGGCUCUUGCCCAUGUUCUCGAGGUUUUGUCUAUCACGGCAGAUAUUGAAAGUUUUCUCGAUGCUGGUGUUCCCACAACAUCGAAUUACAAUCCUAUUCACGCAAAAUAGAACACUUCUGCAUCCACCUUGCAGUUACUGCCUCUAUUUUACUUUGAAAUAAACAAUGGUUAAAUCUUUAUUGC